CUGCUAUUGCAUUCACGAAUCACUCGAUACCGACAAUGUAUCGACGCUUCUGCGAUCCCGCUAUCGCAUCCAGGUCAUGAGUCACUGGGUGCCGACAAUGUAUCGACACGCUGAGUUUACUCAAGGUCACGCGCGUGCUGUCUUGUCAGCGCAUCCAUCUCCCACCACCCGAAUGAUCCUGUGACGAUCCCUUUUGGUGCCGACGUACCUGCCUGGUCACCACUGUGCUUUUGGAUCGCUCCUUGGUCUGAGGAACUUGCAGUUAGAACUGUUUCUGUCCGAGAUUACUCUCUUGUGGAUGCCGUGGACACAUGCCUUUUCAGCGUUGAUCGUUGUCUCGUGUGGAAAUUCGCUAGCUCCAGAGCAGGCAAGUUCGCGCCAAUCACACAGCGGCUGACAGAGCGGACGCUGCGGCGACGAUCCUGAGCGACGUCUUCAAGCCGUCCCGGGCCGAAAACAAGGAGUUAUCGAUCUUCAGCGGGAACGCGCAUAGUGACACCAACAGCCAAGCCGACCGAAACACCGCCUCCCUGGCGCGAGUUCGCGUGCUCUAACUCACUGUACUCGGACGACGCGCUCGAGUUUCUCGCCACGCUGCCAAACUCAGAAAGCGGGAGGCACACGCCCUGGCCAAAUCUCGAGAUACCGUCCUUCCGUCAGGCUCAGUUCCAGGAAAAACACCGGGCGAUGCUGUGCAAAUCCGUCGGCGAUGAUCGCUGAAAAAGGCUAAGUCACAAAGCCACGAGGCUCGUUGACUCUGAUUUCAUUUCUCGACGGACGCCUCCACGCACGCAGAACACGUUGUCUCCCUCCCGGGCCGCUACAUAGACAUAGAUGGAAGCGAAGAAAGAGACGACCAAUCAACCUCGGCGGUAAGCGUCUACCCCGUCGCGAGUCUCGGGGCGUUCAC